CAAAGGAAGGUCGCAUUCCAUCAUUUUCUAUGGAUCCGACUGUGGCGAUGCCUUUGGCUCUUUCUUUUUUCCAGGCUUGAGAGCUUUCUGAAAGCUUCCAUAACAAGGUCACGCAGAGACGCCUUCUGCCUCUCCACCUCUCUCUCUCUCUUCUCUCUCUCUCUGUGCGACGAGUGCGGCUCACUCUACUCUUGGGCCGCCGCCGAACCCAGCCGCCAUGGCCGAUUCCAAGGUGGAGACGCUGUCGCGGCUCGCCCAGUGGAGGAUCGACGGCUUCGGACCCUCCUCUUACCGAAAGUCGGAACCUUUCAAAAUGGGCAUCUGGAACUGGCACUUAUCGGUGGAGAGGAACCGCUAUCUGAACGUGCGCUUGUUCCCCGAGCUCUCAAGGAUUUCCAAAGAACAACCCCCCCUCGCGCGAUUCGUCGUGCGCGUCUCGGUUGCUGGUUCUGGCCGUAGGCUAUUCACUUCGCAAGUACAUGACAAAUUACUUCGGACAUGUGACGACUUUGUUUGGCCUAUCGACAGCUUCCAUGGACGUUUUAUCAUCGAUGUCGAGUUGGAUCUGAAGAUCUACCCAUCGAACGUAGGGGAGGCCACUCCUGUAUGGCUCGGAGAUGGGAGUGGGUUAAUGCAAUCUGCAGCGAUUCAAAGGACUCUCCAUUGCCUCUCACGAAUGCUCGAAGAAGCCAUCCAUUCUGACAUCACCAUCAAUACAUCUGACGGCUCUUUGAGGGCCCACAAGGCCAUCUUAUCCGCAAGCUCUCCAGUUUUCCAAAGCAUGUUCCAUCACAACCUAAAGGAAAAAGAGUCUUCCGUGAUCUCCAUCGAAGACAUGUCCCUCGAGUCCUGCAAGGCCCUUUUGAAGUACUUGUACGGAUGCAUAAACCAAGAGGAUUUCUGGAAGCAUCGUCUCACGCUUCUCGGGGCAGCCAAUAAAUAUGGAAUCGCAGAUCUAAAAGAUGCAUGCGAGGACAGCCUGUUGGAAGACAUUAGUUCGAACAACGUCCUCGAGAGGCUGCAGGAGGCUUGGCUGUAUCAGCUGGACAAGCUUAAAGGGUGCUUGAUGUUCCUGUUCGAUUUUGGGAAGGUAUACGAUGUUAGAGAGGAGAUGAAUAACUUUUUCAGACAGGCGGAUAGGGAAUUGAUGCUGGAGAUGUUUCAGGAGGUGCUUACUGCAUGGAAACCUGUAUGAGGUUUCGCAUAAAGUUUUCACCGAUUGUACAUUCUCACCCUAGAAAUUGUAUAUACUGGUGUGGAUCGAAGUUAUGGUGUUCUGUCUGAGCCGCCCGGGGUUGAUGCGAGACAGCGACAUGUUUUACACUUCUUUAAGUGCUUAUUAUGGCAGUUAAAUCCCAGUUAUCAACUGAGAUAUCUUGACAAUGUAACGCCCUACUAUAUCUGUGCAGUUCAUUAGUAUGGGUGUGUUCUUUCAUCA